GCCGCCUUACCGUCCAUCAUUCUUUUUGCGGUCGGCUAACAGCUCGUGACUCUGACUGUAGCGCGCGAGACAGUGGCAACCAUGAACCAAGUUCCGUCGCCCACCAGUGUCUCUCCCACUGGAGGCUCAAGCAAGAAGGAAGAUCACAUCAAGCGACCCAUGAACGCCUUCAUGGUGUGGUCUCGCAUGCAACGACGCAAGAUUGCACAAGAGAAUCCCAAGAUGCACAAUUCUGAGAUUUCCAAACGACUAGGAUCCGAGUGGAAGCUGCUCACCGAGGCUGAAAAGCGUCCCUUUAUCGACGAGGCCAAGCGGCUCCGGGCCCAGCACAUGAAGGAACACCCCGACUACAAGUACCGCCCCCGCAGGAAGCCCAAGACCCUCCAGAAAAACGGCUACAGCUUCCCGCUGCCUUACCUGACCACGUCGGCCCUGGACCCGCUGGGGCCGCUGCACCAGACCUACUACUCCACCCCCGCCGUGCCCUCGCCGCUCGACGUGGCUGGCGACAAGUCGCGACUCUUCUCGAGCGCCGGGCUCCCUCACCACUUCUACCCGAGCUUCGACCCUCAACACUUCACCAAGCUGCAGGAACACUACAAACCAAUGACCUCGCUGGCUUGCAACGACGCCGCCGCCGCUGCCGCCGCCGCCAGCGUCUCCGCCGCCUCCAUGGGCGGUAUGUCGACCAUGUCAGCCUUAUACUCGUCCCUCUACUCCAAGUCCGCCUCAUCCCUGCUCUCGGGGAUAUCGGGUCUGACGAGCGGGCAGCAGGGAGCGCCGCAGCUCUACCCGGGCUACCCGCCCACAGUCGACCAGCUGCGUCGACCAGUAUCGGUGAUCUUCUGAGACGAUCCUCCACCGCCUCUCGAUACACCCGUGAGGUGUAGCGACAGCCUGGGGUUGGCGCCGUGCCACGGGGUGCCAUGUAUUGUGUGAGAGAGUAGGUGAUGUGUGGCCUGUCUUGUGUGGCAAUGUAAGUACUCUCGUUAGAGUUUCUGUUUCAUGAAAGUUUCCUCUCUGAAGUGACUUUUCUACCGUAAAGUGUGACUUACAUUGCUCCCUGACCGAGCUGCUACUUAACAAGCUGUACAGGUGCGCCUAGACUAGUCUUUUAAAAGCUCAUCUAUAGAAUAUAUUUAACUUUUUUCUGGUUUUAAUGUUCAGUUGUGUGUGUGUGUGUAUGUGUGUCAACGUACGUUUGUACAAUGUACAUAGCUGAUGUUUAUAAUACUUAUUAUGCUAUUAAUAAUAUUAAUAAUAAUAAUAAUAAUA